AUGAAAAAUGUCGAGGAGCAAGGCCAAUCAACAAGGGUCCCACCUACACAUGUACCAUUGUUUGCUGGGUUAAACGACGAUCCAUCUACUCUUCACAUCGAGGGCGGCUAUUCAGCGUUUGGUGUCGAUACAGAAGCCAGUACAAACGUUGAUAUCAGAAUCGUCCCAGUCGAACUUGCUUUGAUUGAUUACGAAAAGCGAAAAGCUUUCGAGCUCUAUGUGACGUCACCAUCCGGGCGAUGUCAAAUCAACGUUGACGUCAUAGACGUGAACGAUAACGCUCCGAAAUGCGUUCACGACACCUUCACUUUUUAUGUCACCGAAAAUCACAAACCAGUGGUUCUGGGAGAGGUCACGGAUCCAUCUACUCUUCACAUCGAGGGCGGCUAUUCAGCGUUUGGUGUCGAUACAGAAGCCAGUACAAACGUUGAUAUCAGAAUCGUCCCAGUCGAACUUGCUUUGAUUGAUUACGAAAAGCGAAAAGCUUUCGAGCUCUAUGUGACGUCACCAUCCGGGCGAUGUCAAAUCAACGUUGACGUCAUAGACGUGAACGAUAACGCUCCGAAAUGCGUUCACGACACCUUCACUUUUUAUGUCACCGAAAAUCACAAACCAGUGGUUCUGGGAGAGGUCACGGCGACCGAUGCUGACUCUGCUAUCUACUCACCUAUCCGGUACAGUAUUCAUGGAGAGGGCGCAGAGCUGUUUGCGAUUUCGGAAGAAGGCGAGUUCCGAUCCUUGCUGCCCAUCGAUCGGGAAGAGCAUGACAAAUUUGAGCUCACAGUGAGAGCCACCGAUGCAGGAGGGAAGUCAACGGAUUGUCCAGGGAAAGUUGUUGUUCGAGACAUCAACGACAACACUCCAACUUUCGAACAUUCCGAAUAUCUGAUUGAAAUUGAAGAGGAAAAAACAUUGAAGCAAAAGCUCGAGGCAUCCGACCCUGAUAUUGGUGAGAACGGUGAGAUUGUCUAUACUCUGGAGAACGUGCCUCAAGGCUUAGCCGUGGAGGCAUCUGCUGGAAUUCUGUUCAUUGGCAAGCUCGAUCGUGACACCAUGGACAGUGAUUCAGUUCGAUUCGUGCUUCGUGCAACUGAUCGUGGACAUCCACCACGGACAUCUGUCACCAAUGUCACCAUCAACGUGAAGGCGAAGGAGGAUGGUCAGCAAGGAAUGGAGACAGUGGAAGAACUGCGCGUUCGAGCUCAACAGCGAGACGUUGCCGAAGAGCAAGUAAACGGCGAUCUCUGCAAUGGCAAAGUGUACUUGGCUACGAUCAAAGAGGGAGAACCGGACUUUGAAGAGCCAUUAGUGAUCCGGUUGUCAAAGCCUACGGAUCCAUCUACCCUUCACAUCGAGGGCGGCUAUUCAGCGUUUGGUGUCGAUACAGAACUAUACUGCUGGUUGUUCGGUGUGUGCUCUCCAGUACAAACGUUGCUAUCAGAAUCGUCGCGCAGUCGAACGUUGGCUUUGAUGAUACGAAAACGAAAAGCUUCGAGCUUCUAA